AUGUCGCUCGGGGAUGUGAGGGGCAUUCAGGAUCCUCUGCUCCGGACCGAUGCCAUUCGCGAAACUUUUGCUCGCAACAACACAGCCCAGCAGCAGCUCAAUGACUCCAGUAAUGACGAGUCCCAGGAAACGACCGCAACCCACGAUAGCGACCGCGACCGCGUCUUCACCCCACCAGAGAGCGAUAGCGGCGCAAGUAGUGGUCCGGUGCAUGCCAAUGGAAAUGGAUCAAGUCAGGAAUCACAGUUAUUUCAGUUGUCAGAACUAGCUGCUGCCCAGGAAAAGAUGACCGAGGCCGCUCAGUCAAGAAAGAGGACGGCGGAUGGUGCGGUCAAAUAUACCAGAGACAGUAUGAGUACUUCUCCUGUUCGCGCGUCUGGGCACUCUAGGAAUACGAGCACAGUGAGCGCGACUUCCACAACCGGGAGUCGCAUUGGCGAGCUCUCGGCUGAACUCAAAGCGAAAUUGUCAUAUGCCAUGAUGAAGGUCAACCAUGGCUGGCAAAGCAAUUCUAUCGACGAAGUAGAGUCACUUGCGUCGCAAGCUGCUUCGCCGAUUUCUAGCACAUCGACUAUACAUGGGCGGCCUGGCGCAAACCCAAGCCCCAGGUUAUCAUUGACAGCAAUGCGCCAAGGAACACAGAGCGCAGGUAUCAGUCCAGUUGGCUUGCAAGCAUCGCAAGGACGUGCCAACGAGGCAUUCUGGCGUGACACGAACGUCGCACCUCAGAACCACUCUGUUUCGCCGCCAGCUUCACAAGCCUCUAUGCUGGCUCCUCCAGCCGCUAUUCAACCAGGACGGUCCGGUCAUCUCAACCCGCGUCGCAACUCAAAUGCGCGACACACUCCGGCUUACCUUUCCCACCAAGCCUCGCCUCGCAGCCCGGCUCAGCCAAGUCCCCUUCAAAGUACCCCUGGUACAGCUACCUUGAGGACACCGCAAGUCGAUCAAAUGGUCUUUUCUCCACACCAGAACGUCCGCGAGCAGGAAGCGCUGGAAACCCUCCUGUUCAUGAGCAGUCCGGGCAACUCGGCGAAUAUGAAACAUGCGUUACCGUCUUCGGCGCAACAAGGACCCAACAAUAUUCAGGCACAUCGGACAGCUCUUCCUACAUCUAGAUUAGCACCGAAUAGCCAACCACGAAAGACCCUGCCAACAAUACGGCACCAUGCCCACGGCUCGAUUGGAAAGCGUGUAGGUUUUGAGAAAUCGCCGGGUAGGGUCAGCGAAAUGGACGUGGAUGACCACUAUGCAUCGCCUCGGGGAACACCACGGCGGAAGACGUUUAGCGGAUCUCGACCAUCAUUAUCCGUACCUGCUGGACUGAACGCACCAUCCAGGCCGCGACCACAGCUACAAGAUGCCGAUAUUGAACGAAUGCUCGAUCGGGUGGCUGCAGAUGAUAGUUCGGACUCGGAAAGCGAGAUCUCUCUACCAGCAGGCUGA